GCCAGUCACCGGACCGCCCCUGUUCCCUCCUUCCGCUUCGAGCUUCAGCUUGGUAAAGAGAAAGGACACUAGAGAGCGAAAUGGGGGUAGAAAUUGAAACCAUAACCCCAGGCGACGGACGGACAUUCCCGAAGAAGGGGCAGCGCGUCGUGGUGCACUAUGUUGGCACCCUGGCAGAUGGGAAAGUGUUUGACUCAUCGAGGUCUCGGGGGAAACCCUUUAAAUUUAAAAUUGGACAUCAGGAGGUGAUUCGAGGCUGGGAGGAAGGAGUAGCUCAGAUGAGUGUAGGCCAGCGGGCGAAGCUCGUCUGUUCACCAGACUAUGCUUAUGGCAGCAAAGGUCACCCAGGCAUCAUCCCACCUAACGCCACCCUCACUUUUGACGUGGAGCUGCUGGGGCUGGAAGCCUGAAAUGUGUGCACUCACCUUUGUUUAAAUUCCACUCAGACGUUCAGGGUUGACUAUUGUCUUUGAGAACAUGGAGGAAGAUGUUCAGAUGAUUCCUGCUAUUCCUGUAUAGGACCUAUAUCUAAAGCUUCACUUAUUCUUUUUCCUUCCCAUUCAGAUACAAACUGAAUUAUGUCACUUACUUUGAAAUCGUAUCUAUCAUACUUAGGGAUGUUUCGAUUGAUAGGCUGCAAAAUCAAAAUCGGCUGAUUUCUGCGAAAACACCAGAUCGGCCAAUUCCAAUCAACGCCUUUCAGAGCCAAUCAUGCCGACCGAUCACCCGUCGCUCGUACUUUGUAGCCGGCAGAGACCCGUGUGCGGCAUCACAUCCCCCUCCUUAACACUACACAUGAGUCAGGUGAGUUUUCAUUACUCCCUGCAGAAAUAUAAACACACUCUGAGCAACAGUCAGACACAUCCAACGAAGCUUAACCGUCACAAGACCGAGAACUGUCCUCAGUUUCCUCUGUGGUGGGCGACACCGGGUUCCGCCCACUCGGAGCCGCUAUGGGUAAUAAGUAAAUAAGUCUAAUAACGUAACGACUCAGACUCUCUCUGGUUAUUCGCUCGAGGGUCUUUAAUUCUGUCUACAGUCAGCAGGAACCCGCGCCGUACAACUUCACCCAUCUACAGAACAGUUAGUAACAGAGCGGCUUGCCCUAGGAUGACAGCAGCCACCGACCGGAACCGGAAACAUCCUUUUCUGCCCGCUGAACUUCCCGUCAAAAUAAAACUAAACAUUACUCUCGUAUUAUUGCCUCUUCAGAUCUUUACAAUAAUAGUAAUAAUAAUAAUAAAUCAAAUAAAUCUCACAACACAAAGUUGUGAGAAUGGUUUUUACUUUUCUGCACUACUUAGACUGAUUGUUACUGACAGCAGCUACAUUUAAAUGUUCCAGCUUCAUCAUUGAUGCUUCGUGCAGCAUGUUGGUGUAGAUCCUCGUUCAUCCUGGACGUGAUCCUCAUAAGAGUUUUAAUAGAAAACAGCUGAACCCAUCUGGUUACCUUGAAGACGUUUUACCUCUCAUCCAAGAGGCUCCUUCAGGUCUAAACCCUGGUUGUGAGUAGGAGGCUUAGGAGUUGUGGUCGGAAAGAAACACACGGAGUGUCUUUAUUUUUUUUUUUGGAUAAAGUAAAACCAUGUUUUUGUCUAAAUCAACACAGGCCAUUUAAGAUGAUGUUUUUUGUUCCUUUAUUCCCAGAUUAUGUCGGCUUUAGCACUCAUAACUACAUAGAAAGUUUAUGCCAGAUCCAUGUGAUCAGUAUUGGUGAUUGUCACUCUUGGGUAUCGGUGUCGUGAUCAGCAGCAAAAACCUGAUCGAAGCAUCCCUAGUCAUACUUUAGUUUCCAAACUGUAGGCUUUCAUAUUUCUUAUCAUUUCUGUUUUACUGUAAUUCUUUAUUUGUUUUAAGACUUAAAACAACCGGAUUAACUCUUGUUUGUUUUCCAUCAGGAUUUUUUCUUUUUCUUUUUUUUUUUAACAAAACAGUCGUAAAUGGUGACUCGGUUUAAUCUCUGUGGUUUUGUGGCCUUUACAAUCACACUGUACUGACUGCAGGUAAUGAACUGUGUUGAAUAAAAAUAUAUUUGCUAGUGGAAUAAAACAAAAAUAUGUAACAAUGUGCAGAAAAUAAACCCAUGGUUUAAAGAUAGCCACAUAAACAGUGUUGCCAUGAAUUACUUACAAGUUACUUGACAUUUUUGUUGUUCUGCAAAAUGACUUAAUUUGUGUAUUGUUUACAAGUCAACAGAAUUGUUCCUGGUCAUGAGGAGGUUUACAGGCACAAACAUUUGGGCUGGUUAAAGCAUUCUGGGUCAGUUUUAUGUUGUUUUUUUUUUUCUCUGAAGAUGCGAAGGGUAAUUUUCCCCUCCUGUGUGCAAUUGUUUCUCACUGCUUUGCAUUUUCUGAUAUUAUUUAUAGGUAUUGCAGCACAUUAACAAAAAAGGAAAGGAAGAGAACAAGCAAGUUUUAUUCACCAAGAGGAAACAGGGUGUUGUUUUUGGUUUCUUAUACCAAACUAUAUAUAAACCAUAUUUUGCAAUAAAAAGUUCUCAAGCUCUUGCUCAA